UCUUCAGUGUCCGUCAGGUGAUGGAUGAUGGGAUGUGCCGUCUGGUGGCCACGUUACCCCAGCUGAAUGAGCAGAAGUGCCCGGACAUGUUUCGCUGCUCGGAUGAGGUUUCCUACUGGCUGAACGAGAACGAGGAGAGAAAGCAGCAGAUUGUGACGCUGAAGGAGACCAUCUCUGAGCUGCAGGAGGAGCUGAGGAACCACCGACACCGCAUCAAAGUCCUCGAGCUGCAGAGUGAAGAGAGGACCCACUUGAAUAUUUCCUUAGAGCAGCGUUUCCAUGACCUGGAGAUCCACUAUGUUGAGGCGACCACCCUGCUGCAUCUACAGGGAACUCUGAUCAUCGACCUGCAGAACCAGCUCCAAAAUCUGACACUUUUGGUGGACAGAGUGAAAAGAAGUCCCGGCUGCAUGAUCAACAUUGUCAGACCCAAUUCGCUGAUGAAUGCUCAAGAGGCUCUGCACCCAGAGCUUCAGCAUGUGAGGAACUGUCCCAUCGAUUGUGCUUCUCUCUAUUACAAUGGAGUGAGGAGGUCGGGGAUUUACACAGUGGUGCCAUCACUUGCCGGCAUGCCUGUUGAGGUUUACUGUGAUAUGGACAUAGAUGGUGGUGGCUGGACUGUGAUCCAGCGGCGCCUGGACGGCUCAGUAAGCUUUGACCGCAGCUGGAGGGACUACAGGGACGGCUUUGGUGACCUGCAGUCAGAGUUCUGGUUAGGCAAUGACCACAUACAUGAACUGAGCACCCAGGGAGACUACACCCUCCGCAUCGACAUGGAAGACUGGAGCAACAAGCACAAACAUGCCAUCUACCAGAGUUUCAGUGUGGAGGAUGAGGAGCAUCAGUACCGUCUCCAUGUGUCAGGAUUCAGUGGGACAGCUCAGGACUCAUUCAGCUGGUAUCACGACAAGCAGGGCUUCAGCACGCCAGAUAGUGGGAACAUCUGUGCUGAGAUCUCCCACGGCGGUUGGUGGUACAAUCAGUGCUUCUACGCCAACCUCAAUGGCGUCUAUUACAGGGGAGGCCAUUACAUCCCAAGGAACCGGGGGCCGCUGGGUCCUGAUGGAAUUGUUUGGUACUCCUGGAAGGACUCUGAUUAUUACUCCCUACGCAAAGUCAGCAUGAUGAUCCGACCACGCAGCUUUCGCAGUCGUACGUCACCCUGACCCGCUGUCAUCGUGAUAACAGUGAGGACAAAAGAACAAUUCCAGAGAUAGGGAUCACAAGGACAUGUCAUCGGGACACUGAGGUGAUGAUGAUUCACAUCCUGUAAACAACAGCACCAGCUACCCACAGUGAUUACUGACAGACUUGGUCCUUUUUUUAAAAAAAAACUGCUGGGCAACUUCCUACUGUAAACAAACACUUUUUACUAUAGAAUAAUUUUAUGAAAUAUUGAAUGUUUUCUUUCAGUCACUGGAAGCAAGUUCUUUAUUUUUUACUUCUGUUUUGUACGUUUAGUUUAAGACAUGACAACUGAUGCACUAUUAGAACCAAGCCAAAGGAGAGGUAUGUGUGUGUGGUGUGUUGAGUAAGUUUCACAGGUUUUUACUGCAUUUUUAUUUAUGCUUGCAAGUUAUUGUAUAUGUAUUUAUUAUUAUACUAUACCCAGCCAAUUAUGAAUUUAAUCUAUUAUGUAAAAAAUUGAAAUAAAGUUUAAUACUAUUAUUUGCACUUGCCAGGACAUAAACUACUUGAUUAGACAGGGAUGUAGCGAUACCCAACAAAACAAGUAAAAAUAGAUGCAAACAUGGACUCAAAAUAACACAAAAGUAUAUGUAGGCUACCUUGCAGAACUUUUUUAACCAGAAAAAGAUACUAUCUGUUGCUGGCAUCUUGUUUGACAUCAGUGGCCGAAACGGCAAAACUGUCUAUUUUCAUAAAUGAAAAAUGUUUUAUUAGUAACAAUACAGAACUGAGAUUACAAGUAUUACUUAUCAUUUAAAUUAAAAUAAAGGAAAGGUAAAUCUUUUAACUAUUAUUUUAAGAGAAUUAAAAUAGAAUCAUAUUCAUUAAUUGAUCUCAAUUUCAUGUCUUUAUAAAAUGUGGAGUCAUAUAUAAUCAUAAUAAAAUCAUACUGAAUGCCCUGUAUCUUCGGUUCCUUACCCUGCAGCCUUUUAAGCAACAUCCAGCGUUUCCAUGGCAACAACAAACACAUUGUGUGUCUUCAUGGUGAAUCUCUUAUGGCAGCUGCCAUAACAAAACAGAUCCUGUUACAUCUAUGC